UUCGGUGGCUUUUUUGUCUACCCCAACCCUAUAUAGCCUACAGGUAUGCACCCCUCGCCGAGGGUAUUGUGGUCCAACACAAAGGAACUCGCUCCACUUUCCUAUUUGAGGUGACCUCCUUCUCAGCAUGCGACCGCUGGCCAGUCUGCCUUGUUGUCCAACGUGAAGAUCUCGCCUUUUGGAUUUCGGGCAGAAUGUUUUAGCCAUAUAAAGAUAGAUUCUCAAUUGAUAGCGACUAUGAUAUAUUCUGCAUUUGGGUAUAUUACGCAUCGUCAAGCCAAGACAUUUGAUUCCUUGCGCCUGAACAUUAGCUAGACUCGACAACCCAAUCAAUGAAUGUCCUUUUUGAGUUCUUCAACGUUUCUUGAACUGCAGAGGCUAUAGCCUACUACAGAAAUUGGGAUAUUGCGUUUAUUGUGUGUGUACGCUGUAGCCAUUUCCAACGUCAAGAUGCAGUUUCGGACAGUGUUGGAUGUAAAAGUCGUGGACGUGGAGAAGCGGCGCAAUCCGUCCAAACAUUACGUGUAUCUCAUCAAUGUCACAUACUCUGACAACACCUCCCACAUAAUCUACAGGAGAUACAGCAAAUUCUUUGACCUUCAGAUGCAGAUUCUUGACAAGUUCCCAAUCGAGGGAGGGCAGAAAGAUCCCAAGAAGAGAAUCAUCCCAUUUCUCCCAGGUAAAAUCCUGUUCAGGCGGAGUCAUGUGAGGGAUGUGGCCAUGAAGAGGCUGCGUUUCAUCGAUGACUACUGCAGGGCUCUGGUCCGUCUCCCUCCUCAGUUGUCUCAGAGUGAGGAGGUGCUGCGCUUCUUUGAGACCAAAGCUGAUGACCUCAACCCCCCAGGAGAGGACUAUGGAUCAUCCAAGCGCAAAUCAGUGUGGAUGUACGGCUUUACCGACAGUCCAAGGAAAGAGGCCUCAGGCAUUGACAGCUCGGACCCUAUGGUGCUGGAGCAGUACGUGGUGGUGGCCAACUACGAGAGGCAGGAGAACUCUGAGAUCAGCCUGCAGGCUGGGGAGACGGUGGACGUGAUCGAGAAGAGCGAGAGCGGUUGGUGGUUCGUCAGUACAGCCGAGGAGCAGGGUUGGGUGCCGGCCACAUACCUGGACUCACAGAACGGCACGAGAGACGACCUGGAACUUAGCACCGUCAGGACAGGAGAAGUUACUAAGAGACGCAAGGCUCAUCUGAAGAGACUGGACCGCAGAUGGACCUUGGGGGGCAUAGUGAACCGCCAGCAGAGUCGAGAAGAGAAGUACACGACGGUGCAGCCGUACGCCAGCCAGGGGAAGGACGAGAUCGGCUUUGAGAAAGGGGUCACCGUGGAGGUCAUCCAAAAGAACCUGGAGGGCUGGUGGUACAUCAGGUACCUGGGGAAGGAGGGCUGGGCCCCGGCCUCAUACCUGAAGAAGAUGAAGGAGGACUUCUCAUCCUCGGGCAGGAAGAAGACCCCGACGGGCCCUGUGGAGAUCAUCGGCAACAUCAUGGAGAUCAGCAACCUGCUCCAGAAGAAGUCCAGCAGUGAGAAAGAUGUCCAAACGGAUGGAGAUUCCACCAGUCCUGAGCGCCACAUCUCCAAGAGUGAGAUCAGCCUGCCCAUGCCCUAUGCCCCAGGUUACAACCCCAGCCCCGACCACGGCCCUGGCCCAGGUCCGAGUCCUGGGCUGAGUUCUGGAUCUGGGAUGGGUACCUCCAGUCCUAGCCUGGGCCCUGGUGCUAGUGGCCCUCUACAGGACAAUAAGGGGAAGACGGAACCUGGUUCCCCUGCUGUAGCACGUGUCGCUCCACACAGAGUGUCGAUAGGCUCUCCCAACCUCCGACAAAAACCCCCUCCUAGAAGAGAAACAAAUCUGGGCUUCCAGUUACCCAAGCCACCAGAGCCCCCUACUGUGGAAGCGGAGUACUACACCAUCGCAGAGUUCCAGUCCUGCAUCUCUGAUGGCAUCAGUUUCCGUGGAGGACAAAAAGCUGACGUUAUAGAGAAGAACUCCGGGGGCUGGUGGUAUGUCCAGAUCGGGGAGACGGAGGGUUGGGCCCCCUGCUCCUACAUCGACAAACGCAAGAAGCCCAACCUCAGCCGACGAACCAGCACGCUUACCCGCCCCAAAGUCCCGCCCCCAGCUCCACCCGUCAAAAAGCAAGACUCAGAGGAGACGCCCUCACCUUCACCCAGUCAUUCCAUCUCCUCACCGUCCAAAGCCCCAGAAUCCCCUAGUCGGCCCGCAGUAUACGAGGAACCGGAAUACGACAUUCCCGCCAUUGGAUGCGAGGGCGAGUCGGACACAGAUUCCCUGAAGGGAGAGACAAUACAUCGCCCCCUGGAGGUGAAAAUCAACAAUGUGGUCUAUGAGAAGUACCGUAGUUCUCCUCCGGUCUGCAAGACCUCCCCUGUGAUUAUCAGCUAUAGAAGAAGGUCCUUCAGGUCCGUUGAAGAGAUGGCCAAGGAGGAAUGUAUCUAUGAGAAUGAUGGCUUCAGGCACAGGAGUGGUGAUGAAGGGGCUUUGGCCAAAGGCUGCGGCGGUUCCAACUCCCCAAGGAUCUACCACUCCUCGACUGUACCCCGCAAACCCUCAGGGUCUUCACCUCUAGCAGGGGGAAAGCCAUUGAAGAAGAUCGUCCCAGAGCUGAGCCGAAGCCAGUCCCUAGCCAAAGCCGACACCAGCCCCAGGUCGUCCUCAGACGAAUCAGGUAGAGGUUCCAGGAGACCUCCAGGCAUCAGGAAGGUGGAGCAAAGGAUAGGCCAGAGCCCCUCCACCAAGCUCAAGCCCUCGGUGAGGCCUAAACCUCUGCUCACCACAAAGUCAGAGCCACAGUGCUCCGAUAGGAUGGACAUCACUUCCCUGAGACGCCAGUUGAGGCCCACGGGACAACUCCGGCAUACCGUCCAUGGGCUCAAAGACACAGAGACGUCCUCUGUCAUCUCGUCAGAGGACUCCCAUUCUUCCCGCAACAGCACCUCAGACCUCUCUUCCAUCUACUCCAAGGGGAGCCGGGGAGAUUCUGAUCUGGAGGUAUUCAACCUAUACCGGACCACAGACGCCUACGACAAGGUCCAGGAGUCAGAGCUGAGCUUUCCACCUGGGGUGGAGGUGGAGGUCCUGGAGAGGCAGGAGAGUGGCUGGUGGUACAUUCGUUGGCGGGACGAGGAAGGCUGGGCGCCCACCUUCUACCUGGAGCCCAUCCACCAAGGGAGGGACGGCGGUGGGUCCGAGUCUGAUGGGCAGCGCUCUGGGUCGGGCAGUGGCACUGGGAGCAAGUCCAACAGCCUGGAGAAGAAUGAGCAGCGCGUGCUGGCGCUCAACGACAUCAACCUCCAGGGACUCACCAACCACCACCAGGUACACAACACGCCAGGAGGUCUGAGAUCGAGGAACAUUCCCCCCAUCCCCUCCAAGCCUCCGGGGGGCUUCUCCAAGCCGGCUGUGCUGGUUAACGGAGCUGUGAGAAUGAGGAACGGUGGGGUGAGACCGCAGUCCGCCGUCAGACCCCAGUCCGUGUUCGUGUCUGUGCCACAGCCCGCCAUGGACAGUCAACACUACAUGACGAGUUCCCUGAGGCGGAAUGAGUCAUUGGCCGCCCACAACCAGUACCGUACCGACCAGUACCGCUCCGGUUCCGCUACCCUCGGCGUGCGCCGUAACUCCUCUUUCAACGCAGUGCGUGCACAACCCGUCACAGUCGAGACCCGAUCGAGACCCUCAGAGCGCUCUAUCACCACCAGAGAUUCUUCGGCGGAACGAUUUGGCGCCGGUGGCGGGACGGACGCCUUGAGCAGGGUUGGGGUUGUUGUGCAGCGUAAUGGUAUCCCCGUAACCACAGUCAGGCCCAAGCCUAUCGAGAAGAGCCAGCUGAUCCAUAACAACCUGGGGAGGGAGGUAUAUGUUUCCAUCGCUGACUACCGGGGGGACGAUGAGACCAUGGGCUUCCCUGAGGGCACCUGCCUGGAGGUUCUAGACAGGAACCCCAAUGGGUGGUGGUACUGCCAGGUCCAAGAUGCCCUGCACCCCCGCAAGGGCUGGGUCCCCUCCAACUACCUAGAGAGGAAGAAGUAAUGGCCUAGUAAUAAUAACAAUGUCCCCCUUUGAUGAUGUCACUAAGAAUAUUGGUGACAUCACUCCAUAAGAAUGUUACCCCACAAGAGCUACCACAAGCAAUAUGCUCCAAAUAUGUAAACAGAUGAUUGAUUCUGAAAGACUUUAUGUAAAAAAAACAUUAUGUUGUUUUAACCUUAUAAUGAGAAAGAGACACUUUUAUUUCUGGCUUACUAAAGUGUACACGAUAUGGGAUAUAACGAGAGACUGAAAACAGGGUUGGCCACCCCCAGUGUUAGAAACACAAAGAAGUUUUUGGAACUUUGGAACGAUUUGACACGACACCUUCUAGAAGGGGUUUACAUUAUAAAGAGAAGAUGGCUGGGCAAUGAUGGCAAGCCUUUUACCUGCCCUUGUGACUAUAAUGCCAAAUAGGUGCCUUUCGUAGAUGAUCAACUGAAUGGGAGUUCGAAGAAGUGGACGGAACGCAUCAGUGAAUCAACGUCAUUACCAAAUGUAUUACUGUGCCAUAGGCCUAUGAGCAUGAAUACCACCAAAAUUAUUUUUGUAACGUUCAAGAGAAUCACUUGAGGAGGAGUGUUUAAGAGCGUUACCGAGUGAAUAGGAUCAAUCUAGAGUGUUCAGAAUCAAAUAAGAAAAAAACAAGAGAACAGGAGAGAUAUCAGUGACUCUCAGUGAGUCACAAUUGACUCACUGAAAAUGAGUAAUUGUUUGAUUAUCUUUUUUAGACAUUACGGUAUGUUUUGUUCUUUAAUGUCUUUGUGUGUCUUUCUGUCUGUCCUUAGAGAUGUAUUUCUGCUUUCUUGUGUAACACUCCACCGACAGCCCAGAAUUGGAAAGAGUCCAAGUUUCCUCUCUCGGAUAUUCCAUUCUCUGAAGUUUCACUGAUGGAAUAUCUAUGUUGAGGUACACGUAAUUAGUCAAACUUUGUAGUGUCACCCCGAUUUUGGAGUCCAACUUCUUAUUCUAUAUUUUCAACCAAGCCUAGAGUAUCUUGCACACAAAUAAAGCCGAAACUUGUCAAGCUUGAAAUCUAAUCAAAGUAUAGUUAUUGGGAAAUAAAAUUCCAAUUGAAGGUGCUUUUCAGUUCCACCAAGAUAUUACUUUACACAAUAAGUUUUAGUAUUGUCUGUCUGUAUUAGUCCCAGACAAAUAUAUUUGUAUAUAUGCUUUACUGUAUACAGUAAAGCAACCGCAGUUGCACAGAAAAUACGUACUGGAAAUAUGGCUUCAUAAUGAUCUUUGAAUCGCAAGGAUAUAUUUCCAUAGCCUCGUGCCCACAAUGUGAUCAAACCAAAGCAGAAUAUCAUUGCAUUGGCUAUUUUGUAGCUUUACUAUUGUAACGAGUGUGCUGGGAGUCAGGAGGCAAGUUCAGGGAGUGUGUUUUAAUCAAUAAAUGUAACAUAAUACAAAACGCAAACAACGCACCUACAAGACAUAGAAACAAUAGUGAAGGAACCAAAGCGAGUGAAAUAUAUAGGGCAGGUAAUCAAGGAGGUGAUGGGAGUCCAGGUGAGUGUCUUUAUGCGCUAAUGCGCAUAACGAUGGUGCCUUAACGAGCAGCCUGGUGAUCUAGAGGCCGGAGAGGGAUAAUAUAUAUAUAUUAAAAAUAUAUAUAUUUUGAUAACAUCUGGACUCAGUUAAUGUUCUGAACCCAAAUGAAAGAAUGUUGAAACAUGCGGAUAUUGCUGUGCAGUAUUGGUUUAUGUGAUAUGCAAUAAAAUUUAUGUUCACUUCCUUGCUUUAAAAGUAGUUUGGUAUCUACUGGAUUUAGAAGUACUGCAGGACUAUUUUGAGUUAUUACUAUUUACUUAUACGUUUUCCCCAAACACAAUACUGAUAUUACUUCAAAACGAUCCCCAAUUGAAAAUCCAAAUGAAGUACUAUUUCAACUGGCUGGUGUUCAAGACUGCUGAAAUAUUUUUCUAACAGUGUGUGACAUUUUUUCAUGACAUUUUCUGCUGGACAGUAUUAUAUUAUUAAAGUGUUGUACCUGCUAGAUCGCAGUUAUAUCUGUUUUAGCCAACCAUAGUUGUUUUUUGUUGUUACAGUGUGAUCACACAUAGACAAUAAUGAAGAUUGAAGUUCCGUUUUUUGUGAAUUAAUGCACUUUAACACUUGUUUACAGUGCAUUAAUGUAAAGAUGCAGUUGAAAUACUCAGCAUAUUAUUUAUUGAUUUAAAAAAAAAACUAUUUAAUAAGAGUAUUUUUUUACCUCAAGUUUUUCAACUCCUGUCUUUUCACAGGAAAAUAUCUCAGUCAUUCGAGGAUGCCAAAGCUCCUCACAAUAUAAUAAUUGGAUACUGUACAUGGUACUCUCUUGUGGGAGACGAAUGCUACUGCAACAUACUUUUUUCAUGUUGCCCUACAAACCGCAGUAACAACGCAAUACCAAAUGCACUGCUGGUCAGUGAAACUUCCAACUACACAAUGCCUGUACAUAAUUGAAUGUUUUCAAAUAUUAAUGCAGCUAAGAGUUGUUGUUUUUUGUAGUUUGUAAAAAAAAUUGUUCACUUUAUUCUAUUUGGCUAUCUUUUUUUCCAACCUUCUAAAUGACUUUAUUUCCCCCAUGCUGUGUGCUGCAACUAGCAAAAUCAUGGACACUUCCUUUCUCCUUAUUGGUCUGUACGUAAUGCCUGAUUCAAAUCAUAUUUAUUUUUGACCUAAUGUUUAUACCUCCCAUUUGUGGUUUGACAAUCAAAUAUGUAUCCACUGCCUCACUAGACUGGACUAGACCUGUCAACCUAGUACAAAAGUCAAUAAUGUGUGAUAUACUGUAUCAUUUUUUGUCAUUUAUACAGUCUAUUUGGUAUGAAUUUCAAGCCGUUGCAUACAGAUCUAUAGAAGCUGAAGUUAGUUCUGCUUCACAAAUGGAGGGUAUAAAAUGCUCUUUAUCUCACCCAUCAUAUCCCAUCUAAAGCAAUGGAAAUCAAUAAUUAGGUCUAUGUCAAGUACAACUACAGUUGAUACAGAACCCCUAACCAAUCUCCCUCCCUCCCCUCGACGAAGGCAUUAUGUAAACGUGUUGAAUCACCCAUAACAUUUCGCUUCAGCACAUAUUAAUGCAUAUCGCUAUUGUUUAAUUGAGUACAAUUUAAAUGGCUUCUCUGCCUGCGCUUGCAAAAUUACAAGGGAAUUGUAAUGUGUCAAGCUUGACUUUUUCAUAUUUAGUAUUAUGUAUUUUUAAAAUAUUUUUUAAAAAUAAUUUGUUCAAUGUUUUGGUCAAAAUUAUCAAUUUUGUCUUAUUUGUUUUUAGUUUUCACCCCAUUGUAUUUGAACAUGUUUCAGAAAUGUAAUAACGAGGAAAUGUGCAAUAGAAAUAGGCAUCUUUAAAAAGCAUAGCUAUAGAAAAACAUGAUCAAACAUGACCUCCUCUUUCAACAUGCCUAAGGAUAUAUGAUACAAAAAGAUAUUGUAUAUCCCUUAAUCCAUUCAAGCCAUCAUCGGUCAUGUAAACACCUUUAGGUCAUGACUCAUUUCAGGUCCACUGCUUUUUUCAUAUUAGCCUUUUUCAAAACAGCAACAAUCUAAUGGCACUAAACAUACUCCAAUCCCAUUGGAGAUGCUUACUUCCAUUGAGCUGCAGCACAACAUGUUGUGACAUGAUGGACAGGAUUUUUAACCAAUGGCCACGUAAGAAUCCCUUCUGGUCCUUCCUCCUGGCUAGCGUGUGUGGCUAGUGGACUGUGAAUGUCACCGGUAGAAGCCAAUGACCCGGGUUCCGACCUCGUUAACAUCUAGAUGUUCUCUACCACAGGUCCACAGCGGUAAGAGUUGUGUCAGCAUCGAGGGCCUCUAGGUACUCACCAGACUGCCUUCGAGCUGUCACGUUUGUGCCUGAACAAAAUGUUUUUGUUCUUGGAGUAUCUCUCUCCUCCAACUACUGUACGCAGAUGCCUCCAUGCCAUUUGAACACAAGCCAUGUCGGCCUCUUUCAACCCCGUUGCCAUGGCAAAAGUGACAUUUGGAACCAUCACAGAUGUCAACCGCGUAAUGUAAACUGGGAGAGAGACUGUUAACCGGUAGUCUUGUAGGGAAACAGUAAUGUGUACUACAGGGCCAUCGUAGUUUAAUCCAUCCGCUUCCAAACCUAUACCUACCACCAAAUAUAAGAAAACACUUUUUUUAUGUAUCUCCAUGUCCUCGAUUAAGCCCCAUGGGAAUUCAUUUCAGACUUGAUUGACCAUGUUCCGAAUGUUUCGAAUCUUCUGAGGAGAAAGAGAGAAAAUACUACAUGGGUUUGGUUCUUUGUCCACAGAUUACAACAGUGAUGUUCUUGAGGUCCACUAAAACUGGUUGGUUUAAAAGUUUCCUCUACAGAUGCUUUUCUUUCACUUAUCCCCACAUAACAGUUAAGGUGCUUCGUGGCUUUGGAAGGUCUCGGUUCAUUUCCUUUCCCCUCCAGUAGGUUUGAUAGGGAAGAAACACACACACCCUUGAGUUUUAACUUUGGUGGAGGGUGCCACAGAUUUGUGGUUAAGGAGCACCCAUGCACGGGGCGAGACACACACACACACACACACACACACACCGACGAGGGAUGCCAUUCAUGUCAGAGGGAAUAGAUUAGAGCCUCUACCAUAUUUGCGAAUUCAGCCAAGUGAGACCGUCCCUACUGACGCCACACUGCCUCGACUCUCUGCCCCUGCCUCCUUUCUCUCUUUUUAUUUUAACAAAUUGGCAGGCCUUCUCGAGCGUGACCUUCCCUUAAGCCUAGUAAUCCUAGAUAGCACCAGCCGGAAUGUCCUUUUUCCAUCCCAGAUCUUUUUUUCUACUCUUCCUUUACUAGUGCCUCCUUGCUCACUCGUUGGCCUUUUCCACCAUACUUCCGCCAUGUUCUUUUUCUUUCUUUCGCCUCAACCAAAGCUAGCAGUUCCCAGUGCCGAAAGCUAGUCACUUGAAGUAAGAAGAAAGAAGAGAUUGGAUGUGUUGAGUGUAUCUAGUGUAUGAGGUUUGGGUUGAAGAAGCAUGUGAUGUGUGAUAUUGUGUGUUGGUGUGUUUGAGAGAGGACGUGUGCACUGUGAUGAGAUGGAUUGCGUGCAGGUGAGGUCAGGAGAAAGAUAGGAGGAGGUCAGGGAUGAGGAUAGUUGUGUGUGGGAUGCGUCGGGAAACCUGAGAUGGAUCAGAUUUUGGAUCGUAGAUGACAUGGCAAGAACGAGAGAACGAGACAGAGAUAGGGAACAAGAGAGAGUGAGAACGAGAGAAAGAGAGACAGGAGCUGGAUACAGUUGUGGACAUUGUACUCCUCUGUUCAUGCUGACUGGACUUCCAUUAAAACCAGCAGCAACAGCUUCCAUCAGAGACAAUGAAUAACACUGCAUCAUACUUCCUCCUCUUCUCCCAUCUCCCAUGGCUUGGGCUAAUGAACUAUCCAAUGUACGAUGCGUGGCUGUGAAAUCUCAUUAUCAAAACACCAUUUUAAUUGCGGUAGUUAAAGGUUUGAAGGCCAGUAAUUCUCGCGCCGAUGGCGCCCUGAUAGCAGGGUAGCACAGCCACGAGGGCGUAAUCUAAAACAAAUGAGAUUGCGGCUGUCGAAGAUGGAUAGAUGCUCUCACUCUUUGUCGCUCUCGUUCUGUCUCUCUCCAGCUUUUUAGCGGGUGGCAUAUUAAUCAUGUGUCUGAUUUAUUCGGCUUUAUAUCAUUUGCUGUGGUGAAGCUUCAACUUCUGUCUGAUGGCUUAUUCUGUCCUGGUGUGAAGGGAGAGGCUGGAGAGCCAGGUUGAUGAGAGAAAGGGUAGGAGGUGUGAUGAUUUGAGAAAGUUAGUAGUAAGUGUUUGUGAAAGGGGUGUGAGGUGUUUAACCUAAGGGUUGUUUUUAGUAGGUAUUUUUAACAUAGCUUUUUUAGAGUGAAUUUUUUAUGUUGUUUGCUCAUGAAGGAAGUCAAUGAAUGAAAGAAAAGAAGAAGAAAAUGAGAGGGAUGAAAGCUUACUCAGUGCUCGAACUGAUGGUAACGCUUCAGACAGGUGGAAUGGGACUGCCGACUAUGCCAAGUGUUACUUAACACAAUUACUUAACACAACAGGUGGCGUUGGGGCAUUGCUUAGAAUGCUAAUGUAUUGCAUGGCUGAGGAAUAGUGCAUGCUGGUUCUUUUGUGUUUCCUGCUGUGCUGAGACUCUCACUGUUUGACUUCCUGUUCUAAUUACUACUUUAUACUCUCUUUAAUUAACCCUCAGACAGAUACAUCAUGUCAUAUCACUCUUAGCAAUAACUGCUCACACUGCUUAAAACUACCUUCCUUUUUUUUGUAUGGGUACCAAUAUGGAACAUAUUUAUUGCCACAUCCAUAUUUUCUGGAGGGAGGAUUUGUCAGAUAAAGAUGUGUGUCAUUUCAUUUCAGAUGAAUUCUUUUUAGUUUGCGUAGUCAAAAGUCUUGUUAUUACCUAAGAUCAGGCCUUCAUGAGCAUUCUCUGAUGCCAGUUAUAGUCUAAUUCCUAUUUACAGUAGAACGUAGUGUGGCAAGUCUCCAACACUGUCACAAAAACCUAAUUUGUAGACAAGGCCUCAAACCAAAGUUAUACUCUCUAAACCUAUGCUCUGUAAACCAUCUAGGUCCUUAUACCCAAACUUGAAACAAUAAUGACCCACUACCAGUAUGUCAACUCUGUUACAUCAUACCACCAAUGCUUCGAGUUGGACCAAAGGAGUUGCUAUAAUAUCUGUUUUUCUCCCUUUUUUUUAAAAUUUGCAUUAUUCUUAUGCAACAUUUGUGUUCAACUCUAUAGAGACAACUAUAGAGACUAGUCCUGUUUUCAAAAGAAAGGUGUCGUAGGGGGAUGGAGUUCAAAAGAAACGUGUUUUCUGAUUCCUUUUGUAAAUGUCACUGACGUGAGUCAUUCGGUGUGACAAGAUGUCAUGUUGUGUGACAAGGCGAUAAAGAAGCAGGCCAUGUCAUGAUAUUGCAAUGUGGCAUCAGUGAGUCAAUAAGUGUACGUGGAAGUACAGCAAAUGUACAAAUAAUCGAAUCAGUCUACUCUUCAACGGGAAACAUAGGAAUUGGUCUGUGUGCCAGCGGUUCUUUUUGAAAACAGGGCUGUCCCUUUUUACCGUUCUCAUUUUGAAAACCUUUUUGUUGUUGUUGUGUCUUGUUCCUGUUUCCAUUGUACCUUGCAUUGCCCCGAAAGCGAAACACUAUUAAAUGUAUUAUCUUUGUUUAAUUCA